AUUCACAAAAAUGUUGUUGCAGGUUGCAGUGUUUGACGUUUGUGAAUGAACGUCAAAUAAAAUCGAUUCGUGCAUGGAGUAUUAAAUGUUUAUAAUGAAUUGCCCAAUGUUACCGAAACAUUGUGAAACAACUGAAAAUAAGCUUUAUUGGUGUAUUCAAGGAAUAUAAUUCUGGUUAAUAGGCUGCGCAGGGCCUUUGAACCGAGUACCUUGGCGACUGAACUCAGCCUCAAGACGAGUCAAGAACAGAAAAUGCUGAAAGUGAAGAUAGAAACAUGAUCGACGUUUCAUGUUGAGGACUUUUCAGCCGAACCCUUCAACUGCUAUAAACACGACAACAUGGGUGCGAAAUGGCUGCAAAGACUCCUGUCUAUAAAAAAACACCUUUGAGUGCAACAGCACAGAGGAAGAAGCCUGGACCAAAACCAGAAAUUACUGAAGAUCAAAAGCAGGAAAUAAGAGAAGCAUUUGAUCUGUUUGACACGGAUGGCACUGGAUCUAUUGACGUAAAAGAAUUAAAGGUUGCAAUGAGAGCUUUGGGAUUUGAACCCAAGAAAGAAGAAAUAAAGAAGAUGAUUGCAGAAAUUGAUAAGGAAGGCACUGGGAAGAUUGACUUUAAUGAAUUUUUGUCUGUGAUCACACAAAAGAUGGCUGAGAAAGAUACAAAGGAGGAAAUUCUGAAAGCGUUUAGGUUGUUUGAUGAUGAUGAAACUGGGCGAAUUUCAUUCAAAAACCUGAAACGUGUGGCAAAGGAACUUGGAGAAAACCUUACAGAUGAAGAGUUACAGGAAAUGAUUGAUGAAGCAGAUCGAGAUGGAGAUGGGGAAGUGAAUGAGCAAGAGUUCCUUCGAAUAAUGAAAAAGACGAGUUUGUACUAAUGUACGAAUUUAUGCAUGUCACAUGUGUUUUACUUGUAUGCAUGUCACAUGUUUAUUCAUGUCUGUUUUAAAGCAUGCUUAUUGAACAGGACAGUGGAUAGAGGCAACUAACCUGAUGUAUGUGUGUGUGGAAAAUAAUAGCAAAAUGACUUUCCAAUGCAAACAAUGGAAGGAAAUGAGUUACUUAAGUAAAUUUCAUAGAUGAAAAAAAUUAUUGAAGAUUUGAUUUUAUGGGAUAUAAAAGUAAUUUUAAAAGGAAUUUUGCUUACAUCUUAGGCUAUAAUAAACAAGCACCUUUGUACCAUUA